AUGGCGCGCGUCUCCAAUUCCAAGAAGCGCAUGCUCCACACCAACAGCAGCAGCGGCAACAAGAAGGAGGAGGCGACCACCGCCAGCGCCAACGCCAGCGCCGCGGGGAGCGACGACGGCCGCCCCGUCCGCGUCUACGCCGACGGCAUCUUCGACCUCUUCCACUUCGGCCACGCCCGCGCCCUCGAGCAGGCCAAGCUGCUGUUCCCCAACACGUACCUGCUGGUGGGAUGCUGCAACGACGACCUCACGCGGCGCUACAAGGGCAAGACCGUCAUGAACCAGGAGGAGCGAUACGAGUCCCUGCGCCACUGCAAGUGGGUUGAUGAGGUCAUUCCCGAUGCUCCCUGGGUUCUCACGCCAGAAUUCAUUGAGAAGCAUCAGAUUGACUAUGUUGCACAUGAUGCUUUGCCUUAUGCCGAUACAAGCGGUGCUGCAAAUGACGUCUAUGAGUUUGUCAAGAAGAUUGGAAAAUUCAAGGAAACAAAACGGACUGAUGGAGUAUCGACAUCGGACCUUAUAAUGAGGAUAGUGAAGGACUACAACCAGUAUGUCAUGAGGAAUUUAGCACGAGGUUACUCAAGGAAAGAUAUGGGCGUGAGCUAUGUUAAGGAGAAACAACUGCAAGUGAAUAUGAAGAUAAAUAAACUGCGGGAGACUGUGAAGGCACAACAAGAAAAGUUGCAAACGGUGGCGAAGACGGCUGGGAUAAACCACGAAGAGUGGCUGGCGAACGCGGAUCACUGGGUGGCUGGCUUCCUGGAGAAGUUCGAGGAGCACUGCCACGUCAUGGAGACUGCCAUCAAGGACCGGAUACAGGAGAGGUUGGGGAGGCAGGCCGGCAAAGGCAUAGCCGGCGGUCUCAUGCGGCAGCCGGUGGCGGCGGCCUGA